AACGGAAAGCACAUCAACUGUUUCUGCCGCAUAAACAAAAACUGCUGUUCGUCUAACGUGAAACACAUAACUUUGAAAUUAUUGCUUUGCCAACACCGCCCAAUGAUUCGCAACGUAGUGGUGGGCGUGUCGGGCGGCGUGGACAGCGCCGUUUCCGCCCACCUGCUGGCGGAGCAAGGAUUCAAGGUGCUGGGUGUGUUUAUGCGCAACUGGGAUGAGGCGGACGAAGUGGGUCGCUGCAGUGGGGAGGCGGAUCUGAAGGACGCCGAGUGGGCGUGCCGGCAGCUCGGCGUGGAGCUGCGUCAGGUGAACUAUGUGCGCGAGUACUGGACGGCGGUGUUCAGCCAGUUUCUGGACGAUUACCAAAUGGGCUUGACACCAAAUCCGGACAUCCUGUGCAAUCGCCACAUUAAGUUUGACCUCUUUCACAAGCACGCCUUGGAAAAUCUCGGCUACGAUGCCGUGGCCACGGGUCACUACGCCCGGAAUAGUCUGGGCAACUACCUGGAGGGGAUUGCCUCCAACAACGACGCCCGCUUGCUAAUACCCGCCGAUACGUUCAAGGACCAGACAUUCUUUUUGGCAGGUAUUUCCCGAAAGGCUCUGCAACGCACGAUGUUCCCUUUGGGAGACUUCCAGAAGAGCCAGGUCAAGGACUUGGCCAAGAAGAUUGGCUUCCAGCGACUGGCCAAAAAGAAGGAAAGCACUGGCAUUUGUUUCGUUGGCAAACGCAACUUCAAGGACUUCAUACAGGAGUACAUCACUUCCAAACGUGGUCCCUUCCUAGACAUCGACAGUGGAGCCGUUGUCGGCCACCACGAGGGCAUCCAUCAAUGGACUGUGGGCCAGCGGUGCCGUCUGAGCUCAUUCCUUCAGCCCUAUUUUGUGGCCAGGAAAGAGGCCGCAAGCAAUACCAUCUAUGUGGCAUCUGGCCACAACCAUCCCGCCCUUCUCAGCACCCACAUAGCCGUCGAUCCGCCCAACUGGCUGUGUUCCAAGUCCCAACAGAUUCUUUCGGACACUGGCAGCUUGAGGUGUCGCUUUCGAUUCCAGCACACCAAACCAUUGGUGGACUGUCAGCUGAGCAUCUCUCCCAGUAACACUUUUCUUGUCGAGUUGGACGCUCCUUUAAGAGCUAUUACACCAGGACAAUAUGCCGUAUUCUAUGACGACACAGCUUGUUUGGGUUCGGCCCGCAUCCUCAGCGCUAAUCCCCUAAAGAAAAAAAACGCACAGACGCAGCAAGCUCAAGCCGCAAAUCUGGUUAGCUAAUGAUGUUUCCUCUGAGCCAGAAAAUAAACCAAAUGUAAGAAGGCAGUCCAACUGCCAACACGGCAUGUAUAGAUAGCAUGGUAAAUACGUUUUCAUAAAUUUAAGCGCCGAGUAAAUUUUAGACGUGAAUCGACACUUUU